AUGGAGGCUCGCCGGAGAGUGGUCCGAGGUACUCGGCACGAUCAUGACCAUACCGAGAGCUUCCCGGAAGCCGCUGCCUUUCCGGCAAUCUUCCUCGUGGAGACUCGCCAUUGCCGACUGUGGGUGGUUGAUGAAAACUCGAUGACUCCAUUCAAAGGAACGGCUUUGCUUGCGAAAGUGGAUGACGAGUU